GGCCGGCGCCGGGCUCACUGCCCGCCCCCAGCCCGGGCGCAGCGCGGAGCGGAGCGGCGGGGCCGCCUCCUCCUCCUCCUCCUCCUCGUUCCUCCUCUUCCUCCUCAGCGCUGAGGCGGCAGAGCGCGGCUUCCCGCCUCCGAGCGCCGAGGCGAUGGCCGAGCUCAAGUCGCUGGGCGGCGAGGCGUACCUGGCGCUGGCCCCGGGCUACGGCCCGUCGGCUUUCGCCUACGGGGCGGUACGCGGCGGUGCCGAGGGCCCGCGGGGGGCCUACGCGGGGAGCGGCGGCGGAGGAGGCGGCGGCGGAGGAGGAGGAGGAGGAGGAGGGUCGGACUUCCACCCCGGGGCGUUGGGCAAGUCGGCGGAGAGUAGCGGCGAGCAGAGCGGCGACGAGGAGGACGGCUUCGAGGCCGGGGUGAAGGGCGGCGCGGCCUUCGAGCGAGAGGGCAAGCUGAAGGGGGGAGCCCUGGGCAAGAAGCCCAAGGAGCAGCGCUCGCUGCGCCUCAGCAUCAACGCGCGGGAACGGCGGAGGAUGCACGACCUGAACGACGCCCUGGACGGGCUGCGCUCCGUCAUCCCUUACGCCCACAGCCCCUCGGUGCGGAAACUCUCCAAAAUCGCCACCCUGCUCCUGGCCAAGAACUACAUCCUCAUGCAGGCGCAGGCCCUGGAGGAGAUGAGGCGGCUGGUGGCCUACCUGAACCAGGGCCAGACGCUGAGCACCCCGCUGCCCGCCACCCUCAACCCCUUCGGACAGUCGGCCGUCUACCCCUUCGGCGGCGCGGCCUUGCCCGGCUGCCCCGAGAAAUGCACUGCCUUCACAGGAGCCGCCUCCGCCCUCUGCAAACACUGUAAUGACAAGCCUUGACUUCUGGCUGCUUCUUCGGGCUUUUUGGGUUUCUUUUCUUCUUUUUUUUUUUAUUUUUUUUUUUCUGUGCACUUUUUCUUUCCACUACCAUCAGCCCUGGCUUCCUACCAUCAGUUAAGUCUGGGUUUUCUUUUCGUUUGCUUCUCUUAAAUACCCCUCCCCUCCCCGUACCCCAUUUGGAAAUAUUUGGCAGUUUACGUGGACCCCCAAAACACCCACUUUCAACUUUGUUUAGUUGCACCCCCCACACGCAACUUCAUCUGUAGAGUUAUUUCCUUCCCAGCCUGUUAGUGGACUGUGAGCACAACGUUGCUUUUCCACUUGCUCUGAUCUACAAAGUUUUUGAGCAGCUUUUAAACUAAACCAUAGAAAAACAGGGAGGGAGAGAGAUCUGGAAAUGGAAACCUCAGUGAGUUUUCUCUGGAAUUAUUGACCUGUGUUAAAAAUAGCUUAAAAAGAAGGGGGAGGGGGGCAAAAUCCAGCUGCAAAACUAUGCAAUGUUUCCGAAUCGGGGUGGGGGAUGUCUGGUGUAGCCAGUUGGCUUGGACUGCACCCACAAAUCCAAAUGAAAAUGUCAUUUGGUCAGCUCAUGGGAGGGGGGAAGACCGGUGCUCUUGAUAAAACAAUAGAUGCUUCAAAAUAAGAUGCUUUUUUUUUUUUUCCUCUUAAAAUAAAAAUUGACCUGUUCUUGAGCCGAGAGGAACCUGUGAUUGUAUGCUAAUGCCUGCUUUUUGCCUGUUUCUCAGCUUGGUUAAGUUUUCCGGAUGAUUUUCCAAAGUCAUUGCUCAUCAUGAUAAACAAAGCAAAAGGUCAAUUAACAUAUUUAUAUGUAUUUAUAAUAAAUAAAAGACAUGAAUAACUGCUUUCUCUGUCCUGCAUGUCUCUAAAACCAGCUGGCAGUCAAAGCAAAGCCCCUGCUGAAGUAAGGUAGAGACGGACACGGCAAUCCUUUGCAGAGGAGCAGCUUUGUGAAGUUAGGCGAAUGAUCGGAAUACUUGGAAAAAGCUUGUGGACGUUCAGCUCCUUAUCAGCAGGGAUUUGUUUUUUCUCCAGUUUCUCAUGAAUCAUGAGCACACAAAAAAAAAUGUUGAUUAUGCUUGACAUCUAGAGUUAAGCAGGUAGAGAUUUAGCUUGUGUAUUUGGACACUUGCUGGAGAAUGCUGUGCCCUGAAAGUGGUGUUUAAAAGGGGUUAUUGUAGGACUGAUCUUAGCUCUGAGGACAUCCAUGUAAAACAUGGCAGGGAAGGAAAUCACUUAAAGACUCUGCUUAUCCCUUUGGCUUGGUUUUCUGUUAGAUCUGUGGCUUGACCCUAGACCCAUGUGUGGGGUUUGGGCCACUUAGUGUCAUGACUAAACUAAUAAUCUCUUGCCAAGUAUUGAGUGUGUUAGUACAAGUUACAAAGUGAGCCCCUUUCUGGCGAAGUUUUUGAUGUUGCUUGUGUUGGUUUACUUUGGUUUUCUGGUUUAUGAUGUUUAACGCUUUGGUGCCUUGUACGCUUCACUAGUCAUUAUAUAAUAAUAAUAAUUGAGGUGCAUUCAGUGAUUUCUGUUCAGAUUGGAAUACCCACCCAAUGUCAGAGCAACCGUGUAAACUGGUACAGUUGCAGCCUGAGGGGCUAGAGCUGUCCAUGGCCAUUUGUGUUAGGAGUGGGGUGUAACUAUUUAGGGUUAUUAAACCAAUUUCCAUGCCUGUCGCUAGUGUUAUGCUAAUUUGAAAAGGACUGCCAUCCCUCUAAAGCUGCUUGUCUAUGGCACUUAAUUUUAAUUAAUACAUUUCCAAAAGACUUUUUGUGUUUGGAAAACGAAGUGUGUGAUUAAGCCUCAGUCAUAAAGACAUAUGCUUAAAACUGGUUCCUGCUCAUUUCCAUUUUUAUAUCUUCAUUUCUUCUUUUUUUUUUUUUUUUUUUACAGAAUAGUUUUACAGAACAGUUUAUCUGUUGUACCUUUUUCCAUAAAAGAAAAUCUUGAAAAUACUCUUAAAAGGCAUCUGAUGAAGCGAAAGCCGACCAAAACCACUACUGAAGCAAAAAUGACUGGAUACUGCAAAUCAGCAAAGAGUUGAAACCCGUACUGAGCCCUUUGCAUUUCCCGUUAACAGGAAGGCAUCUAUUUUGAUGUGACUUACGCUUUGUGCUGAGCUGCUGCUAAAACCGCUGCCAAGUGAAUGCCUAAUACCACUGGAAAGAUGAUUUUGUUGGGAGGGGAUAAACUAUCAUCUGAUUAUUGCAUUUGUGUGUGUGAAGCAUCGGUGCUAACCUUGCAAAUGUGCAUGGUUAUCCUGGGGAUGAGAUCCUGUAACUUGUCAUUUGUUUUUCCCCUUCUCUGGCGUAUGAAAAAAAAAAAAUCCAAAACUUAUUUUGUGUACCAUGUAAGGUUUUAAGUGUCUGCUUCUGGUUGGUGUCUCAGAGAAUAUAAAGGGAGGACUUCAAAAUGCUGAAGAUCUUUUUUCUGCUCAAAUGUUCUUGUUAUGCUGCCUGCUUUUUUUCCAAGAAGGAUUUAUGGUGUAUGCUCAGAUGGAACUGAAAUACAGAUCAUGUGUUCUAAUGUACUCAUUAUCCUGGUAUGUUCAUACUUUGAAGAAAACAUUAUGCCAACUUUUAAUUAAAGAUAAUAUAUUGUUUUCUAA